CAAUCGAUAGUGGAUGUUAACAGUAAAGAUCAGCUUGUGGAUAGGACAGUAUCAGUGCACGGUUAGGUUACCAACGGCCACGGGUUUACUUCGGUACCGGCAGGUAUGAAACAAAGUUAUACCAUGGUAUAAGCAUCGUUUUUAAAUGCGUGGAUGAUGCAUCUAGACGAAGAAUUCUCUUGGACUAUCAUGCUGAAGGAAAAUGGUACUUAUCGAGACAAUAUGGAACCUGGGACUAUACUGGAUACUGUGGAUCAUGAUGCCACACCUCACUCAAGGCGUCACCUGCCCAGUGAAUGCAAAUGUUGUGACUAUGUGCCAGUCUGACGUCAAACAGGCGCCCUCGUUGUACUUGGACGGGAUGCACUCGGACGGGUUUACCGGCUCCUGUACGUGUCGGCUCCAGGCGGUAGAUGGACCUAUAAACUUCACAAUUUCAGCCGAGGCUGUUCCUACAAACUGUCAGGCUUUGUUGUAUUCUUCAUCAAUUGGGUUCGUCCUCAAGUGUGAUGGACCAUCGCCUGCACCCGCUUUUGGAUCCCUGCAGCCUGGACUUGGUGCGUUUGUCACUCUUGUCAGACAGGUCAAGGACGAAGCAGUUGGAUUAUGUGUCCAUCUACAGCAGUCUGGGGGAGAUGGACAAAUGAAACUGACAUGUCUGGCCCAAGACAUAAAUGACAUUUUGGACAAGGUCACAACUACUACCACUGUUCCUCCGCCGAAAGACCCGCCGACAACGUCUCGGCCACCGACUAGUGCACCUGCUACUACAUCUAAAACUUCUUCUUCGGUGUCGACAAGUACUGAUUCACCACCCACUUCUUCGUCAGUGCCGAAUAGUACCGACUCACCGACAACAUCUUCAUCUGUGGUGGUCACUACUGCCAAACCCACUACGGCUUCACCUGUGUUGACGAGUACUGAAAAACCCACCACAUCUUCUUCGAUGCCGAAUAGUACGGAAACACCCACCACGUCUUCAUCCGUGUCAAACAGUACUGAAAACCCCACCACGUCUUCAUAUGUGUCCAAUAGUACUGACAAACCAACCGCAUCUUCUGUUCCUCCCACUACUAACACAUCUGUAACAAAUGCAUCAAUAUCAACGAGUACUAACAAACCACCAGGCAACACAUCCACAUCGAUCAGCUCCCCUCCUACAAAUUCAUCUGUUUUACCCAACACCGAAACACCUGUUUUGCCGCCUACCAACACAUCAUCAACCACUUCAUCAGUUUCGGCAAACACAGACAAUGCCACGACCCUGUCAGCUGAUGGGACCAGCUUAAAAAACACCCAACACAACAGGCGUGGUAACGGUCACAAAUGCAUCAUCUAUUCCAGGCCAGGCUGCUCCAUCCACAGGUGGCAACACCACCGAGACUCCUCUCGUCUCGUCCACAGUCACUGUCAACGUCACAAAUACACAAGCCAGUUCCUUCCUCGACUCAUAUCUAGGUAA